AUGGAUAAGGGGGCCACCUAUGGAUGCGGGCCACCAAUGGAUGAAGGGCCACCAAUGGAUGAAGGGCCACCAUGGAUGAAGGGCCACCAAUGGAUAAGGGUGCCACCAAUGGAUGAGGGCCACAAAUGGAUAAGGGGGCCACCAAUGGAUGAGGGCCACCAAUGGAUAAGGGGCAAACCAACGGAUGAGGGGCCUUUUAUGGAUGAAGGCCACCAAUGGAUGAAGGGCCACCAAUGGAUGAAGGGCCACCAAUGGAUGCGGGCCACCAAUGGAUGCGGGCCACCAAUGGAUGAAGGGCCACCAAUGGAUGAAGGGCCACCAUGGAUGAAGGGCCACCAAUGGAUAAGGGGGCCACCAAUGGAUGAAGGGCCACCAAUGGAUAAGGGGGCCACCAAAGGAUGA